UAGUUUGUCCCUCCUCACUUUCCGUCUGAGAUCCCGGAAGGAGAAGGGAAAAAAACUCGUAAAGCAGCGACGCCUGUGAGCGACGCCUGCAGCUAAUGUUCCGCUGGCUCUUUAAAAUGGAAAGCGACACCACCGUCCGAAGAAUAAAGCCACCAUUCGGGACACAGAGCUGUGCGGCGCCGGGCCACGGCGGCUUGGGGGAACGCUACGGAGAGGACAACAAUGGCUGGAACGGCGGCAGCGAGCCGAAGAGGAAGCCCGACGUCAGCUUGUACCUGCUCCGAGAAGGGCUGGCAACUUCGCUGGUGUGCGUGUUUCUUCUGCUUUUGUGGGGACUCGUUCACCUGUCUCUCCAGCAGCUCGUCAUUGGAAAGCCGAGCGGGGAGUUCAACGCAGAGAGAGCCAGGCAGCACCUGGAGCGUAUCACCAGCGUGGGGCCGAGACCGGUGGGCAGCCACGAGAAUGAGGUGUUGACGGUGGACUACCUGCUGGAGCAGAUUGAAAAUCUCCGCGCGACGACAGCGAAAGGUCUGCACCAGCUCAGCGUGGAUGUGCAGCGGCCCACUGGCUCCUUUUCCAUCGACUUCCUGAGUGGCUUCACCAGUUUCUACGACCGCAUCACCAACGUGGUCGUGCGCCUUGAACCCAAAGGUGGCUCGAAGCAUCUCAUGUUGGCUAACUGCCACUUUGACACCGUGGCAAACAGUCCAGGUGCGAGCGACGACGCUGUGAGUUGCGCAGUCAUGUUGGAAGUCCUCCACUCGCUAGCCAAUCUUUCAACUCCUCUUCGCCACGGUGUCAUCUUCCUCUUUAACGGAGCGGAAGAAAAUGUCUUACAGGCUAGCCACGGGUUCAUCACGCAGCACCCGUGGGCUAAACAGGUGAGGGCUUUCAUUAACUUGGAGGCCGCAGGCGUUGGGGGCAAAGAGGUUGUUUUCCAGACAGGUCCAGAGAAUCCGUGGCUGGUCCAGGCGUAUGUGCACGCCGCCAAACACCCAUUUGCCUCUGUAGUGGGUCAGGAGGUUUUCCAAAGUGGCAUCAUCCCCUCUGACACGGACUUCCGCAUUUACAGGGACUUUGGGAACAUCCCAGGCAUUGACUUGGCUUUCAUCGAGAACGGGUUCAUCUAUCAUACAAAGUAUGACACGGCCGACAGAAUCCUCACAGGUUCCAUACAGAGAGCAGGUGACAACAUCCUGGCCGUCCUCAAGCAUCUGCUCAUGUCGGAGAAGCUGGCUGACUCUUCAGAGUAUCGCCACGGCAACAUGGUGUUUUUCGACGUGCUGGGCGUGGCCGUGGUGGCGUACCCUGCUCGCGUCGGCACCAUCCUCAACUACAUGGUCGCCGUGGCAACCUUCUUCUAUCUGGCUAGGAAGGCCUCUCAGCCGCGCCACCGCGGUUGGCACUAUGUUGCGAAUCUGGCGUGCGCCACAGGUGUGGCAUUGCUCAGCUGGUUGGUGGCCCUCCUGUCAGUUCUGAUUGUGGCCGUGCUGGUGACGCUGCUGGGCCGCUCCAUGUUCUGGUACACCCACUUCUAUGCUUCCGUGUGUCUGUAUGGUUCUGCCGCCACUGGCAAGAUUGUGUUGGUGCACACCCUGGCCAAGAACCUCUACUAUAGGGGUAUGCGCUUGACGGAGUUGGGCGAGCUCUACUUCGACGUGAGCCUGCUGCUGUGGUGCUGUAGCUUGGUAUGGAUGACCCAGCGCGGCCUCUGCUCAGCCUACGUACCCAUGCUGAUGGUGGCCUUUCCGCUGGCCACCAAGCUGCUGCUUUCCAAAGAGUUCAAGAACAGAGGAGCGUCGCUCAAGUACACCGUCUUCUACCUAGCGGGCCUGGCCCCGCCCUACCUGCACAUCUUGUUCCUCAUUUGGGUGGUCUUUGAGAUCUUCACCCCCAUCAUGGGCCGCAGCGGCACCGAGAUCCCCCCCGAGCUGGUCCUGGCUGCCCUGGUUAUCAUGGCCACCGUAUUCCUCUCUUCCUUUUUCCUCCACUUCAUCUACAUGGUGAGGAGCACCAAAUGGAUUUUGGCAGGUCUGGGCUCCAUUUUUGCCAUUAUGUUCCUGCUGGUAUCCUGUGGCUUUCUCUUCCCCUAUUCGGGAAAUCCAGAGAGCCCACGGCCAAAGAGGGUCUUCUUACAGCACACCACACGGACCUCCCAUGACGUGCACGGCCGCGUGGAUUCACGCGAUUCGGGCAUAUGGAUCAACAGCUUUGACUACACAGGCAUGCAGCACGUGACCCCGCACGUGCCCCAGAUCGAGGAGGCCGUGCGCGCCCAUUGCCACGAUGACCGACCCUUCUGUGGCUUUCCCUGGUUCCUGCCAGUCAAUUUCCUCAGCAAGAAGAACUGGUACCUCCCCGCUCCUCACGUCUCUCCGAGCUCGCCGGUGGACUUCCGCCUGGUAUCCAAAGAAGAAACUGGCUGGGGAACCAUCAAGAUGACCUUCAGCGUCAAAGGGCCCAGCCACAUGUCAUUGUACUUGAUGCCUCACCAUGGAGCCAGUCUCUCCUCAUGGUCCUUCGGGGACGGCACGCCGCGGUUUUACCUCAGCGGGGAGUACUUUGUCUUUUACUCACAUGGCCUCCAUGCGCCCGCGUGGAUCUUCUGGUUUGAAAUACAGCCACCCAGGGAUUCGUCGGGAUCCCCCGAGGGGAUGAUCUCUGUAGCCAUCUCCAGCCACUACUUCUUCGGGGCCGACCAGAAGACACCUCAGCUGGAGGAAAUCCUUAGCCGCUUCCCCUCGUGGGCCUUCCCCUCAUCGUGGGUCAGCACCUACGACUUGUACCGAUACUGAGGCUGCCCGAGAGACCCCCGGCAACACUGUGUCAGCAGCGAGUCGACCCUCGGCUCGCCGCGAACUAGUUUUGUCUCUCGAACUCCGAUCUGUUGUGCCUUUUUCUCCCCCUCACGUGCUCGCUCCCUUCUUCGUCAGCGCAAAGGAAGCUCACCACUAGCAGCAGCUUGUAUCCGCGCAGGGUUUACGGCUUCGGAGUCGGAAAUUAGGAUUUGUUGGGCUUUCGAGACGGUUUGAUGCGAGCGAGCGUAUUGUCGCCGAUGCUACCUCUCGUCUUGUCUACUUACAACUGGAAAUGCAUUUUUUUCCCCCUCUUCUCACUUUUGUCAAAUUCCGUAAGUCCCACAAAGAUGUGAAAUCCGUUUUUGUAUUGUCGUCCUUCAAAAAAAAUGUCCAACGGUCGCCUUUUCCAACACAUGGCUGGCAAUGAAGCUUUCAACGUCGUUCGAAGACACGGUUAGGUUCAGAAAUUGAGACUGAAUAAAUUAUAGACUUACAAUAACAAUUCAAAGUUGGGCUUUUAAUGAUAAGGUUUCAAGCCAGCAGAAUAGUGUUUCACCUAUGAAGAAAAAUAUAAUUACAGAACAGUCCUUUUGCUCUGCAUGCUGGACGAGUCUGUACGUCAUCAGUUUUACAUCAGCACACACAUGAACAACACACUAAUAUUCUUGCACUUGGAACGAACCAGGGCAGCGAUGUUACUGCUGAUUGGCAAGUUGGCCUACCAUUAUUGCUGUCUCACUUGCACACACACGACGCAGUUUUUUGCUGUGAUCUCUCACCCUCGAAGCCUGCCAAAAUGGCCCGUCGGUAUAGAGGCCAAAAAAAUAAGUGGCAUGUCCCAAGACUUUAGUCCACAUCUCACGGGCUCACUGACACAAGACGAGUUUAAUAGUAAAUAAAUGGUUGGAGCACAUCAUUUCAUGUUUAUAGUCACUUUUCUGACAGUCUGCUGUGAUGGCCAUAUCAUGUCAAAGUUGACUUGAUAUGGCACAUCGACCCCGCUACGUGGCACAACACGUAGAAUAGCGGGGCCACGUCGGAACGUCUUAAUGUUGAAACUCCUCUCAAAAAGCCAUGUUUGGCUUUUAUCGUUGUUUACCUUUGUUGUCAUUCCUUUCAUAACGUGUCUCCCCCCCCCCCCAUUACUCCUUCAAUUUUUUUUUUUUUUUUUUUAGCGUGUGUGUGACGGAUUUAACACUUUACCUCUAACUGCUGUUUGUUUUUGGGAUCUGGUUAAAAAAAAAUGCAGUUUUGAGUGGCAAUGGACUGUUGGUAUUGUCGCUUUGGAAUGUUUCAUACUUGGAAGAUUUUACAUGAUAAAGCUUGAAUGAAAUGAGCACUUAAUUAAAAAAAAUAUAU